CCGCAGCGGGCCCAGCCGGAUCCGCGAAUUAUAUUCAACGCGAUAGCACGUGAUCAAACAUACGUGCGACACACGCGAGAAUAACACGAAAUCUCGUCGUUCACUUUCAAACACGUUUGUUUGCGCCGCCCUGCGGAAUUAGUAAGCGAGACGGCAGGCGCGCGAGAGGGAGAGGGAGGUAUUUACGUAUACACGGGGUAACCUAAAAGCCCGAUCGGCGUACAACGCAAUAUAUCGGUAGGACAAACGCGCAUGCGCGUUGCGGCUUGCUGUUUUCGUGCGCGAAUUUCGAGCGAGACGACGACGGCGACAUAUCACGUGGUUAUUGUUACAUGAAGCGCGGGACGGUGCUGGUGAAGAAGUGUUCUCAAAAGGUGUUACGAUUUUUCGGGCAGUGUGUGCGACGAUUUCGGUGGAUUUCGAGUUUGCGCGCAACACGUUGACAUUGGAGAAAGAGAAAAACAAACUCGGAAAAGAAGACCACCCAAAAGAUCAACCCCGAAGAGCCCCAAAGAAAGAUCAAUAUUAAAACGUUAACGUAAUUAUUUAUUACUCCGACAAUUUUAUCGCGAAAUUUAUAGAGUAAAUCACAAAAGAAAAUUGAUGAGAAAUUAAAGAUCAAUCGGUGAAAGAGAGACUCAGAGAGAAAAAGAGAGAAGGAGUAAAAAAACGAGUUCGAAAAGUCGUAACCGCGCGUGCGGACGAAUGUAUGACAGAUCAUGGUUUCCGCGUCUGGCCCCAUAUCCACAGGGAUCCUAGCGGGACGCCCUUCUGGAUCGCAGGGUCCGCGGCAGAAUGAUGGCGAAGAGUACGAAAAGAACGCAAGGGUAGUAGCGGAAAACGCUAAGAUACGACACGAAUCGGACCUUUACGUCAGACCGAGCUGGACGGACGCCGCGAUAGCGUUAGAUCAACUCGAAAAAGGGAAAGCGGAAGGCCAAAGGUCAGCUGUAUGGAUCAGAGCGCGACUGCAGGAUCAGCUAAGUCAGCUGGGAUACUUUUUGCAGAGGCAUGCCGGAAAGGUGCUCUUCGUUUCCGUUCUCGCGCUGGGAACGUUCUGUGUCGCACUCAAGUCCGCGCAAGUCAAUAGCAAGGUCGAUCAGCUGUGGGUACAAGAAGGUGGAAGGUUACAAAAAGAACUGACUUACGCUUCGGAAACGCUCGGUGAGGCUACUGCAUCGACACAUCAGCUUGUCAUUCAGACGCCAAGGCAUUCUGGAGCGAAUAUCCUGCAUCCUGCCGCGCUCAGAAAACAUUUAGAAGUUUUGAAAGCUGCGACGGAGAUCACGGUGCACCUGUUUGACAUCACGUGGAGUCUGAAAGACUUGUGUUACGCGCCGAGCAUUCCUAACUUCGACAUGCACUACAUCGAUCAGAUCUUUGACAGUAUUAUACCUUGCGCCAUUAUCACACCCCUCGACUGUUUCUGGGAAGGUAGCAAACUCCUCGGUCCGGAAUAUCCCGUUCACAUACCAUUUCUUUUUCGGUUAAGCAGCGGAACGAACAGCAAACCCGUUCUAUGGACAAACCUUAAUCCAUCUAGAAUGGUGGACGAGAUGAAGAAGUUGCAGUUCACGUUUCCCUUUAAAACACUCGAAGAUUACAUGAAACGAGCCGGAAUAACGAACGGCUAUCAGAGUAAGCCCUGUCUGAAUCCAACGGAUCCAGAAUGUCCGGAGACCGCGCCUAACAAAAAAUCCCAACAGGUACCUGAUGUAGGAGUCGAAUUGACAGGUGGCUGCUACGGAUUCGCGGCCAAAUAUAUGCAUUGGCCGGAGGAGUUAGUGGUUGGCGGUGCCAAGCACAAUAAAACAGGUCACUUGACUCGCGCAGCUGCGUUACAAACUGUGGUGCAAUUGAUGGGAGAAAGGGAGCUGUACGAUUUCCUAGCAAGUACCUAUAAAGUUCAUCACAUCGAUUGGUCACAAGAGAAAGCAGCUCAGGUGCUAGAGACAUGGCAGAGAGCGUUCAGUAACAAGGUGAAGACGUUAAUGGAAGUCAAUGGAUCGGCACCAUAUAAUCUAUACGCUUUCAGCACAACUACAAUGAAUGACAUUCUCGGAAAGUACAGUGAGGUUUCCAUUAUGAAAAUCGUUAUUGGAGGAGUUGUUAUGGUACUUUAUGCUGGAAUAGCUCUCUUUCGGUGGAAGGAUCCGGUUCGUUCUCAGUCCGGAGUUGGAAUAUUCGGUGUAAUGUUGAUUUGCGCUGCAGUAGCUGCCGGACUUGGUUUCUGCGCUCUUUUAGGAAUUCCGUUUAAUGCUACCACGACACAGAUAGUGCCUUUUCUCGCGCUUGGUCUAGGCGUACACGAUAUGUUUUUGUUGACGCACACGUAUGCUGAGUUGUCGGUGAACGAAGUGCCUAGCUGCGAGCAAACAGGCGUUGUUCUCAAACGAACCGGUCUGUCAGUGUUGCUGACGGGUCUCAGCAAUGUUUUCGCCUUUUUCGCGGCGGCGAUAAUCCCAAUUCCGGCUCUCAGAACAUUUUGUCUUCAGGCUGGUAUUCUACUGCUGUUCAAUCUGGCCGCUAUGUUGUUGGUAUUUCCUGCAAUGGUCAGCCUAGAUUUGCGACGGCGGCGAUCCGGCAGAAAGGAUAUUCUUUGCUGCUGCUUACCGGCAGCGUCCAAUCUCAACAAGAAUAAUAGAUAUUCGGUGAAGAACAACGGCACAAUCAAACAGAUUGUCACCAGAGCUAUACCACCCGAGAGACGAGAAACCUGCACGCAGAUUCUGACGUCGCAAAACGCGCAGAACGAAUCUUGGAUAGGUGGGAAUGUUAUCGAUGCGGAAUUGGAGAAGCAGUGCACCGAAGAAGACACUCUGACCGGCUGUUCGCAGGACGACUGUCUGAGCUUCUCUCUGACACAGCUCGCGGUUCGAUAUUACGCGCCUUUCAUUAGUAGACCGGCUACUAAGGUCUUUGCCAUGAUAACUCUGGUGGGUGUACUAGCCGGCAGCUUGUGGCAAACAAUACGCGUACGCGACGGUCUCGAUCUGACCGAUCUAGUGCCGCAAAACUCGAACGAAUAUGCGUUUUUAGCCGCUCAGGCGAAACAUUUUGGAUUCUACAAUAUGUACGCCGUAACCGGCCGAGAUUUUGAAUAUCCGAAUAAUCAACGGUUAUUGUACGAGUAUCACGACGCCUUCAUGCGAAUCAAGAACGUUAUCAAGAACGAUAAUGGCGGUCUGCCCGAAUUUUGGCUCGGUUUGUUCCGCGACUGGCUAAGAGGCUUGCAAACAGCGUUUGACAAGGAUUACAAAAACGGUUGCAUUACGCAAGAGAGAUGGUAUAAGAACGCCAGUGACGAAGCAAUUUUGGCAUAUAAGCUGCUUGUGCAAACUGGCCACGUGGAUAAUCCGAUUGACAAGACGCUAAUCACCCAGGUCCGAUUGGUCGAUUCCGAGGGCAUCAUCAAUCCGCGGGCAUUCUACAAUUAUCUAAGUGCCUGGGCAUCUAACGACGCACUUGCUUAUGGCGCUUCGCAGGCGAAUCUGAGACCCGAGCCACGUCAAUGGAUUUACACUAAUGAUCACGAGCUUAAAAUACCGAAAAGUAUGCCGCUUACAUACGCACAGAUGCCAUUCUACUUACACAAACUCACUGACACGCAAGAGAUCACGGAGUUGAUUGGUGGUGUUAGAAAGUUGUGCAAAAGAUUUGAGGAACGCGGUCUGCCGAAUUUCCCAUCCGGAAUACCAUUCCUCUUCUGGGAACAGUAUAUGGAUUUGAGAGUCUGUCUGGGCAUGGCUCUGCUGGCCGCAUUGAGUGCAAGUGUUGUCGUGGUCGGAGUAUUGCUGUUAAAUCUGUGGGCUGCUCUUCUGGUUGGUUGUUCUCUUGCUACCGUUGUUCUACAACUGCUAGGUAUUAUGGGCUUAUGCGAUAUCAAACUAAGCGCUGUGCCUGCAGUACUUUUAGUGAUCAGCGUGGGCAUUGCUGUUCAUUUUACGGUUCAUAUUUGUCUAAGUUUUAUUACGAGUGUCGGCAGCAGAGAUCGCAGAAUGCGCUUAGCUUUAGAGCAUAUGUACGCUCCGGUCAUCCAUGGUGCGCUCACCACACUGCUCGCGGUAGUGAUGCUUGCCUUCUCGGAUUUUGACUUCAUAGUCAAAUAUUUUUUCCUCGUGCUUCUUUGUGUAAUCGGCAUCGGCCUUGUGAACGGUAUCUUUUUCUUCCCUAUCUUGCUGUCUCUAAUCGGCCCGUCGGCGGAAGUGAUCCCGAAUGAUCAUCCGAACCGCAUAUCCACACCGACGCCACCAGCGUCACCUAUCGUGAGAAGAUCUAAGCCGUCUACGUUGCCGAGAAGAUCUCACAAAAUCGACAAUACUCGGCUGCACGCCGAGCCAUCGCUCACAACCAUCACCGAGGAGCCCAACUCGUGGCAUAGCACACAAGAGUCCUGCAUUAUCGUUCAACCUGAACUCAAGGUGGAGACUACGUCUACAUGCGGUAAUCAGGUGGAGUGGAUCGUAGUGAAAAAUGCCGGCACACGGGCAUCGGUAGUCGAAGGAGCUCGCGCUGCAGUGCAAACGUUAAUACUGGGGAAUCUUCCGGCUCCAGUUCUGAGCCGGAUUCAGACUCUAAUGCAAAGCACUAAUAACAAAUACCGAGAAGAUCGGCAGCUACUGCUCAAGUACCACACAAAGCGGGAAAAUACAGAAGGCUGACUAGUAUAGAUUGAUAUAUCUUCUAUUUUUUCUUCUUACUGUUUCCUUCUUUGAUUCCACUUGUUUUCUCUCCUUUUCUUUCUUUUUUUUCAAGCGAGUAACGCAACAUUGUCUUACUCCGAUCUUAGAAAUGAGAAUAUUAUAUAUUAUAAUACGCGCAACUGUGUCUUUAAUAUAUAUAUAUAUAUAUUAAAGUAUUUUUGCUAUAUAUAUAUAUAUAUAUAGCAAAAAUACGUUGAAAAUUUCAACGUUUUCGAGCUAGUAUCGUCCUGAACCCAAGUAUUAUAUGCCUAAGAAGGAAACAAAACGUUACGUAUCAAUGUUAUAAAUUACAAAAAUAAGCCACGUCUGACUUACGAUUUAGACUACUGAUAUAAAAAAAUAUAAAAAAAAUUAAAAAAUUUAAAAAAUAAAAAAAACGAUCGGAUAUAACAUAUUUCAACAAUAUAUUAAAUGUGUGAUAGUAUUACCGUAGGACAAUAAUACGUACAACUGUAAUAAAUUAAUUAAAGAAAUUUAUCAUAGAUACUUAUGAUACUAAGGAACUGCCUAAAUAAAUCUAAAGUUAAAUAGAUUUAGAUCUAAUAAAUAAAUUUAUUUAUUAGAUAAAUUGUUUAUUAGAGAGAGAUACCGGAUACACAUAUCUGUAACGAUGAAUAGUAAUAUCUACAAAGUGUAUUAUUAAACAAAAAGUAUUUACUAAGUUGUGCAUACCUGUUUUUUUAGAUAUUUAAAUAAAAAGCUAAAGAUUUUUUACUGCCACUAGACAACGCGUGACAUUAAAUGUAUAAUUGCGAAAUCUUUUUUAAGAUACUGGUUUUUAGUAGGAACCAAUGAAAACUCUUUAGAUAUUAUUUAUUUUUUACGCUAUAAUUAUAUAUGUAAGAUGCCGUAUGUAUGUGACUAAGAGCAAUACUGUGAAUCUCUGAGAUCUAUUUAUUAUUUAUUUUAAUAAUAUUUUCCUCGAGAGAAGUUUUUUCUUGUGUGAAUGUAUACGCGCAAUAUUUUGCACGAUUUUGCGAAUAUAUUAAUUUGUAAACAUAAUUAUUUAUGUCGAGCUAUAUUCUUUUAUGUAUGCGACAAGAAUGAUACUUAAUUUAUCGUAUCUAUUUCUAUUCUGAUUCAUACCUCUCAUGUGUAUAAAGUUGUAAAAUACAGUGUUGGUGAUGAUCGAUACCCAUGUGCUAUACACACAAAGAUCAUAAAAUUAUACGAUUGUGUACUAUAUAAGAAAGAGAUUUAUAUUUCUAAUUUCAAAUUAAUUUUAUGUCUCGUAUACACAUGUAUGAAACAGAAUUAUUUUGUACAUGAAAGUUAUAAAAACUGUGUCUUGCACGAGAUGGGCUUUCAUAUUUUGUAUAAUACAUUUUCUGUAUGGAAGGGAAAAAUAGUCAAUAUACCUCUAACAUACGUAUAUAAAUCGCACUAUGACUAUUUCAUUGUAAGAGUCUAUUUAGAUUUGAUACAAAUGUGUGAAUGUGUGUAAAAGUGACUAUUCUUUGUACGUAUGAUUUAU